CUCCAGGACUUCGUCAUCACUUUUCUCCUCGUCAGCCUCAUCUGUCCGUUCAUCUGCUCAGAGGCAUCGCUUCUUGACGAGCAGACGAACCUCAGCUCACCUGCAUCCAUCCGCCCGCCGCCUGUCUCAUUCUGCUUCCUGUACUGGCCUGAUGGAGUUAAAGGAGGUUCUGCAGGUGCUAGAGCAGCUCGCGCCUCUGUCGCUGGCCGAGUCAUGGGAUAACGUUGGUUUGCUGGUUGAGCCGAGCAAACCUCGAGCGAUUCAAACCAUCCUGCUUACCAACGACCUUACAGACUCUGUCAUGGAGGAGGCAGAGGCUGUUAGCUGUGACCUCAUUGUGUCGUAUCACCCGCCGCUGUUUAGGCCAAUCAAGAGGCUGGUUCAGAAAGACUGGAAGCAGCGUUUGGCUAUCAAGGCUAUCGAGGCUGGGAUCGCAGUCUUCUCCCCUCACACCUCAUGGGAUAGUAUUGAAGGAGGGGUGAACGACUGGCUGGUUGGGGGCCUUGGCAGCGGUCGGGUGUCUGUGCUGAGUCAGGCCCACGGUGGCGCUUGUCCCAGUCACAAACUGGAAUUUGUGGUUAGGAACGCAGAGGAGCUCAAAACUGUUGAAGAGGAGUUGAAGGCUUGCGAUGAUGGAACAACUCUACACUGUUCAGGCAGCAGCAACAUUCAUGUCAGCGUAACCUGCAGCGACUCAGCACUGACACCUAGUGUCCAGACGCUGUUACGACACAGCACUCCCAGCCAAUCGCUCAGCAUCCUGAAGUUAGAGAAGCCGCCUCUCCUUGGCCAUGGCCAGGGCCGACUCAGUGUUUUGGACUUUCCUGUAAAUGUGGCAACAGCCGUCCAGAAAAUGAAGUCCCACUUAGGUUUAAAUCAUGUCCGAUUGGCUCUGGGUGCAGGAAAGACUCUCGAGUCGUCUGUGAGCUCCGUGGCUGUCUGUGCUGGAUCUGGAGCCUCCGUGCUGUGUGAUGUCAAAGCAGACCUCUACAUCACUGGUGAAAUGUCCCACCAUGAGGUCCUGGAUGCGGCAGCGAAGGGAACCAGCGUCAUCCUCAGCGACCACAGUAACAGCGAGCGUGGUUUCCUGGCAGUGUUCAGAGAGAGGCUCGCUGUCCAACUUCCUGACAAGGUCUCUGUGCUCGUGUCGAAGGCAGACAGAGACCCUCUGGAGGUUGUCUGACGCACUCGGAUUUGCACGGCUGUUUUGAUCCUCGCCCUGGCGCUUU